AGAAAGCGCUAUAGGCCGUCUGCUUUGGGGACAGGGACGCAGCUUGCAAACCUGGGCAUGCUUUCCUUUGGCUAAACGUUUGUUGUUAAUCUUAAAGGCUUUGUGUGACACAAGACAAGACUCGGAAAGGUCUGUUGCCAUGGUGGAUGUUUUUUCCAGCUCUUUUUUUCAGGUGAAGGGGUUGUUUUUUGUCAUCCGUGCAACAAGAGGCCAUGGACGGAUUUAUUCUUUCUAGAAAGCGCCUCAAUUGAAGUUGUAGCCCUUUUGUGAUACCUCUGGCAAAAAGCAAGAUUCCAAAAUCACGCUGAGAGAAGAGCAGAAGACAUGGGUGACAACAUACCUGGAGGAAUAGUAGCUGCUGCAAAGAACCGUCUGCAGGUGGUGAAGGGUUUGGAGGAUGUGCAGGUGUCUGAGUGUGAGAGCUGCUCCUUUGACGUAACCUUGAAUCUGGCCUAUAUUGAGGGCGUGUGGACCAGAGAUGGGCUGCGGCUCAAGUCCAAGCCCACCUGUCGCAUCAGCACUCAUGGGAAGAAACACUCCCUCAUACUGAGCAGGGUGGCUUUGGGAGACGCAGGCCUGUUCUCUUUUCAGGCCCCCGGCAUUCAGACGUCAGCCAGACUCACUGUCACAGCUAGGGACAUCCACAUAGUGACAGAGCUGGAGGAUGUUGACACGGUGGAGCGCCAACCUGUAAACUUCGUCUGUGAGGUCAACCAAGUGGAUUUGGAGGGUCGGUGGUACAGAGAUGACAGCCGAAUUCGACCUGGGGACAACAUCAAGAUCAGACACCAGGGUAAAACUCACACCCUGUGCUUCAAGUCAGUCAGGCCAGAGCACGCUGGAGAGAUCAGAUUCACUGCAGAGCGUGUCUCAUCUUAUGCAACUCUCACAGUAAAAGAGCUCCCAGUCCAAAUAGUGCGUCCUCUGAGGGUCAAAAUAGCCAUGUAUCGCCACCGGGGUCUGCUGGAGUGCCAGGUGUCUCGGCCUAAUGCUCAGGUCACGUGGUACAAGAACAGGAAGGAGCUCGUGCCCAAUAAGAAGUACCAGAUGAUCAGCCAAGAUGUCUACAGGCAGCUGACCAUCGAUGACAUCUGCUCCUCAGAUGAGGACACCUACACCUGUGAUGCAGGAGAUGACAACACCUCCUGUCAGCUUUUGGUGGAGGAGCAGGCUAUCAGCAUAGUGCGGGGGAUGAGCUCAGUGGAGGUGACAGAGCCAGAGCCAGCGCUGUUUCAAGUGGAGACCAGCCUGAAAUCAGGGAGGCCCCCCCGCUGGACCCUGAACGGUGAGGUGCUGGAGCCUUGCGCAGCAGUGAACAUCGACAGGCAGGGCACCCUCCACAGCCUCUGCUUCACCUACACAGAAAGCUCCAUGUCUGGCCCUGUGCUCUUUGUAGCUGGGAAGAGUCGUUCCACUGCUCAGCUUACUGUCAAAGAGCGGCCUCUUCAAGUUGCCCACCACUUGGAAAAUGCAGAGGCGAAGGAGAACAGCUCUGUGACUCUGAGCUGUGCGUUUGUGCCCUCGCCCAGAGUGGUGAGGUGGUUUAAAGGUCGUACGGCUCUGAAGACCAACAACAAGUACAGCAUGAAGAGAGAAGGGAAACGAGCACAGCUGACCAUUCAUGGUUUGUCAGCCAUGGAUGCAGGACAGUAUCGCUGCAUGGCUGGGGGUGCACAGAGCACAGCACAUGUUAAGGUAGAAGUGCGGACGCUGAAGCUGGUAAAACACUUAGAGCCAGUGGAAAUUGAGGAGGAUAGCAUUGCCAGGUUCACGUGUGAGCUCAACUACGUGGUUGCCAAUGUGGAGUGGCUUCUCAACAAUGUUCGCCUCUAUUGCAAUGCCAUCAACAGGAUCCAGCACAUGGGCACUAUGCACAGCCUCACAAUUAAGAAUCCGCGACCACAGGAGAGCAGGGUCACCUUCAAAGCCGGCCUUCUCUCUGAGACAACCAUCUUAAAAGUCAAAGAGCAUCCAGCAGUGUUCCUGAGGUCUCUGGAGGAUGUAGUGGGAGAAGAGCAAGGGGAGGUCUGCCUGCAGUGUGAGAUUUCCAAAGAGAAAGUGACCCCUGUUUGGAGGAAGGAUGGCGAGAUCCUGACCACUGAUGAUAAACAUGAGUUACUCCAGUCUGGGAAGUCCAUGGCACUGAUCAUCCAUUCCCUGAGCAAAGAUGAUGCUGGACAUUACACCUGUGACCUGGGCACCAGCCAGACCAAGGCUAAAGUUACUGUGCAUGACUUACGCAUCACUAUUGUUCAUCGUAUAAAGAUAACAUCAGUCCAAGAAGGCGAAUGCUGCACUUUUGAUUGUCAACUCUCUCACGAUCUCGAUGACGAGCCUUCCUGGACCAUCAAUGGCCAGCUGGUUGUCACCAAUAGCCGUAUCCAGGUUAUCAACAAUGGCCGCCACUAUAAGAUGACCAUUAGAGAUGCUUUACUGACUGACGCUGGAGAUGUGGUCUUCACAAUUAAAGACCUAAGCUGUAGGACCAUGCUCUUUGUUAAAGAGAAGCCGGUGCACAUCUUCAGGGAGCUGCUGAACACUAAGGCAGUGCCAGGCGAAGACGCAGAGCUGAGCUGUGAGAUCACCAAACCAGAGGUCCUGAUCCGUUGGCUGAAAAAUGGCCGUUUGAUCAGGCCGAGCCCCAAGUAUGUGAUGAGUGUAGAGAAGAACCUGGCGCGACUGGUGAUCAAGAAUUCCACCAUCAGAGACUCUGGAGAGUACUGCUGUGAGGCCGAUGGCAUUGCCUCGCGUGCCAAGCUGGAGAUCAGAGAGCUCCAGCACACAUUUGCGAGGGAGUUAAGGGACACGCGGGCAGAGGAAAAGGGUAAAGUGACCCUGGAGUGUGAGACCAGGCGGCCAGCCAAGCGAGUGACCUGGCUGAAGGGCAUGGUGGAGCUGAGGUCCGGUAGGAAGUAUGUCAUCAGGCAGAAGGGUGUGGUGCUGUCCCUGACCAUCACCUGUCUGGACAAGUCGGACACAGAUAUUUACAUUUGUGAUGUCGGUACCAUGCAGAGCCGGGCACAGCUGACGGUGCAGGGUCAGAGGGUUUUGAUCCUGGAUGAAUUAGAGGAUGUCGAGUGUCUAGAGGGCGACACGGUCACAUUCAAGUGUCGAAUUUGUCCCAGUGACUACAUUGGGGUAAAAUGGUAUCUGGACGAGACUUUGCUGUACACAAAUGAGCUCAAUGAGAUCCAGAUGGUGGCCGGAGGCUACCACACCCUCACAUUUAGACAACUCGCCCGCAAAGACACUGGCACUAUCUCAUUUUCAGCGGGGGACAAAAGAUCGUACGCCUCACUGUUGGUUAGAGAGAGGCGUCCCACCAUCAUUAAAGCACUGGAAGACUGCGAGGCUAUUGAAGGGGGUGGUUUGGUUUUGUCUUGCGUGGCCUCCAAGCCAUGUCACAUCCUGUGGUACAAAGAUGGCUGCUUGAUGUGGAACUCCUCGAGGUAUUUUGCCAGUCGUUCCGGCUGUGAGGCCCGGCUGACGAUUCGGGAGGUCAGCAACAACGAUGCUGGAGUGUAUGAGUGCAGUGCUGGAUCUGUUACCACGAGGGCCGUUGUGACUGUCAGAGCCAUCCCAGCAGAGUUCAUCCAGGCUCUUAAGUCCUUGGAGGCCAAAGAGGGGGAGACCGUCACCCUGACCUGUGAAUACUCUCUGCCUGGGGUCCAGUGCCACUGGAAGAGAGGUUUCGAGAGUAUCAGGCCUGGAGACAGAUACCUGAUUAAACAGAGGAAGACGAUCAAUUCUCUGACCAUCAAAGCACUGAAGCCUCUUGACUCAGGAGAAUAUACCUGCCAGUGCAGAGAUCACCACACUACAGCAAGCCUCAAAGUACACGCUAUUCCCAUAACAUUUAUACAGAAGUUAAAGAACAUGCAAGCAGAGGAGGGAAGCAAUGUCCUACUGCGCUGUGAGCUGUCUAAACCUGGAAUUCCAGCUGAAUGGAGGAAGGAACAUGAGCUGUUGAAGAAUGGAGUGAAAUACCAGAUAAGGAAAAGAGAGACCACUCUGGAGCUUCUGAUCUGGAAGCCUGUUCCAGAGGACAGUGGGGUCUACAGCUGUGCCUGUGCUGAUCAGAUAACAUCUGCCACUGUCAAAAUCACUGCUCUCCCAGUCACCUUCAAGCAGAAGCUGAGGAAUGUGCUCAUUGAGGAAGGCAGCACUGCGGCUCUACGCUGCGAGCUGUCGAAGCCUGGGUACAGUGUGGAGUGGAGGAAGAGCGGGGAUGAACUCAUCAGGAAUGGAGAGAAAUAUCACAUACGACAAAGAGACGGGCUGAUUGAACUGAGGAUCCUUGAUGUUAGACCUGAGGACAGCGACAUCUACACAUGCAUCUGUGGAGACAUAGAGACCACUGCAACUCUGACUGUUAAUGCUCUUCCCAUCACCUUCAAGCAAAAGCUGAAGAAUGUCCAAGUGGAGGAAGGACACAACAUCACACUGUACUGUGAGAUCUCUAAAGCGGGUGUCCCUGUGGAGUGGAGGCUUGGAGGAGAUCUGCUGGAGAAUGGAGAGAAAUACCAGAUUAAGCAAAGGGCCUCAGCCCUGGAGUUGAUCAUCAGAGAUGCUGAACCAGACGACAGCGGGGUCUACACCUGUGUGUGUAGAGAGCAGAAGACAAAGGCCACUGUUAAAGUUAUCGCUGUUCCCACCACAUUUAAAGUUAGCCUGAAGGGCCAGGAGGCUGAAGAAGGGAAGAGUGUGACUUUACGCUGUGAGCUGUCAAAGAAGGGAGUCCAGGUGCAGUGGCAGAGAGACGCUCAGGUGCUGUCUGAGUUUACGUACCGAGGGAAGUAUCUGAUCAAACUAGAAGGAAAGACAGCUGAGAUGACCAUUGUCAACGUCCAACCUGAGGAUGCUGGGAAGUACAGCUGCAUCACAGGAGAUGAGAAAACCACAGCCGAAGUUAAAGUGAAACCACUUCCUGUGACAUUCAAACGAGAGAUCCAGCGCAUGGUGGUGAAGGAAGGGGACAGUGGCGUUUUCAGCUGCGAGAUCUCCAAACCUGGAGCUCCUGUGGAGUGGAGGAAAGGCAGGACGAUCCUGAAGCCUGGAAACAAAUACGAGAUGAAGCUGGAGGGACCUUUCGCUAAACUUGUCAUCAACGACGUGGAGGAGAGUGAUGGUGGCAAAUAUACCUGCAAGACCAAAGACAGCCAAUCAACUGCUGAGCUCAUUGUCCAAGAUUUGCCAGCAAGUUUCAAGAUGCCACUAGUUAACCAGGAGGCAACGGAGGGCAACAGUGUGGUUCUGCGCUGUGAGCUCAACAAACCUGCCCCUUCGGUUGAGUGGAGGAGAGGAUCAGAGCUGCUGAAAAAUGGAGACAAAUACCAGAUGAGGAAGAAGGACCUGCAGGUGGAGAUGAAGAUUACUGAGCUCAGUCUGGACGAUGCUGGAGAUUAUACCUGUAUAUGUGGAGAACACAGUACACAAGCUAGGAUCACUGUGAAUGAGCGGCCCAUCAAAUUCCUUCAAGAACUGAAGAAUAUUCAGGUCCAAGAGGGCAACGGAGUGACACUCUGCUGUGAGCUCUCCAAACCUGACACUCCAGUGCAGUGGAAGAAGGGAGACAAAGUGUUGACCAACGGAGAGAAAUACCAGAUGAAGCAGAGCGGCUCCAAGGUGGAGCUCCUCAUCAGGAAAAGCCAGCCUGAGGACAGUGGCUCAUACAGCUGUGUAUGUGAGGACGUAAAAACUACUGCCACCAUCAUCAUCACUGGGAUCCCAAUAACUUUCAAGCAAAAGUUGAGGAACCAGGAAGCUGUGGAGGAAGGCAACGUGACGCUGCGCUGUGAGCUUUCUAAAGCAGGAGUCCCAGUGGAGUGGAGGAAAGAUGCUCAACUUCUGAUGGAGGGAGAAAAAUAUCAGAUGAAGCAAGAAGGCAGGACAGCUGAGAUGCUGAUCAGAAAUUUAACUCUUAAAGAUUUGGGGGAGUACAGCUGUUUUGUUGGCACUGUUGUGACUUCAGCUGACAUCAAAGUAAGAGCACUUCCUGUUAUAUUUAAACAAGAGCUGGAGAAAUUGGAGGUGAAGGAAGGGGACAGUGGAGUUUUCUCCUGCGAGCUCUCCAAACCUGGAGCUCCAGUGGACUGGAGGAAAGGCAGAGUCAUCCUCAAACCUGGAUACAAAUAUGAGAUGAAACAGGAGGGACGUUUCACUAAACUGAUCAUCAACAACGUAGAGGAGAGUGACGCAGGGAAAUACACCUGCAAGACGAAUGACACCCAGUCAACCGCUGAGCUCAUCGUCAAAGCUCCUCCCAUCACAUUCAAGACAAAGUUAAGGAACCAGCAGGUGGAGGAGGAGAACAGUGUGACGUUGAACUGUGAGCUGUCUAAACCCGGCCUCCCUGUGGAGUGGAGGAAAGGACAAGAGCUGCUGAAGAGUAAUUUCAAAUACCAGAUUAAAAAUCGAAACAGCAACAUGGAGCUCACCAUCAAGAACGCACAGCUGGAGGACAGCGGACUGUACAGCUGUAUCUACGGUGACACCAAAACAACAGCCAACAUCACCAUUACACCUAUCCCCCUCACCUUUAAAAUGGGUCUGAAGAACCAGGAGGCCCCUGAGGGAGGCAAUGUGUCCCUUCACUGCGAGCUGUCCAGGGCCGGGGUGCCCGUGCAGUGGUGGAAGGGGGAGGACCAGAUCUAUCAGGGGGGACGGUAUCAGAUGACGCUGAAGGGGAAAACAGCUGAGAUGAACAUAAGAAACAUCCAGCCUGAGGAUGUCGGGGAGUACAGCUGCAUCGUGGGAGAGCAGAAGACGACGGCUGAGGUCAACGUCAGAGCGGCAGCAUCUGUGUUCUUUGAGAAGGAACUGGAAAGCCAAGCGGUGAUGGAGGGCAAAUCUGUGCUGCUGUCGUGUGAAGUCUCCAGUGCUAAUGUCCCUGUCACCUGGAAGAAGGACAACACUGUGAUUGAAGAAGGAGGGCGGUACAUUUUAAAGAAGAAAGGCCCAACACACAGCCUGGAGAUCAAGAAACUGCACCUGGAGGAUGCUGGAGAGUACUGCUGUAUCACCAGAGGCAAGAAGACCACGGCCAAGCUGAUCGUGAGGGCUUCCUCUUCCUCCACAGAGCGCGUGCGGAUCGUUACAGAGCUACAGGGUAUAACGGUGACAGCGGGUGAGGACGCGGUGUUUGUGUGUGAACUGAGCCACGCAGACGUGAGUGAGGGUGUUUGGUGGCUUGGCUCCAGCCCUCUGCAGAAGAACGAGAUGAACCAGAUGAUGUGCCACGGUCGCGAACAGCGGCUGGUCCUCACCAUGACAACACCUGAGGAGACCGGCAUCGUGGCAUUUGUGAUUGGGGAGGAGAGGACCUCUGCACGUCUGCUAGUUGUUCCUAAGGCCAGAGUUUUAUUUGAGGAGAAGCCUAAAGACGUUGUGAUCAUGGAAGGAGAGACAGCCACUCUGUCCUGCACAAUCUCUGAUUUUACCUCCCUGGUUACCUGGAGGCGCAACCACAUCCCCCUCCGAAAUGGUGAUAAAUAUGAGAUACGUAAGGAGGGAAAAGUCAACCUAUUGCUAAUACAUGAUGUGGAUCCCUUGGAUACUGGCACAUACUGCUGUGAUACAGGAGACGUGCAGAGCAGUGCCAAACUUACUGUAACAGAGCUCCCUCCAUUCUUCCAAGAAGAACUGCAAAGCGUGGAAGUUGAGGAGGGAGGUUCAGCUGCUCUGUACUGUGAGCUGUCUAAACUUGGAGUGCCGAUUCAAUGGAAGAAGAAAGGGCUGCCACUAAGAGCCAGCCAAAAGUACGAGAUCAGGCAAGAUGGCUGUCUCCUCCAGCUGCACAUCAAGGAUCUCAAACUUGAGGACAGCGGCAGCUACUCGUGUCAAGCAGGGAGUGCAGAGACCACUGCUACUGUGACAGUGAAAGAGCUCCCACCAUUCUUCAAGAAAGAAUUACGAAGUGUGGAGGCUGAGGAGGGAGGUACAGCCUCUCUGUGCUGUGAGCUGUCUAAAGCUGGAGUGUCGGUGCAAUGGAAGAAGAACAGACUACCUCUAAAAGCCAGCAGAAAGUAUGAGAUAAAACAAGAUGGCUGCCUCCUGCAGCUCCACAUCAACGAGCUCAAACCUGAGGACAGGGGGAGCUACACAUGUCAAGCAGGAAGUGCGGAGACCACUGCAACUGUGUCAGUGAAAGAGCUCCCACCAUUUUUCAAAGAAGAACUGCAAAGCGUGAAAGUUAAUGAAGGAGGUACAGCCUCCCUGUGUUGUGAGGUGUCUAAGCCUGGAGUGUCAGUGCAAUGGAAGAAGAUCAAGCUGCCACUUAGAGCCAGUAGGAAGUAUGAGAUGAAGCAAGAUGGCUGCCUCCUCCAGCUGCACAUCAAGGAGCUCCAGCCUGAGGACAGUGGCAGCUACACAUGUCAAGCAGGACAUGUAGAGACCACUGCUACUGUGACAGUGAAAGAAGUCCCACCAUUUUUCAAAGAAGAAUUGCAGAAUGUGAAGGUGGAGGAGGGAGCAACAACCUCUCUUUGCUGUGAGCUGUCUAAGCCUGGAGUGUCAGUACAAUGGAAGAAGAACAGGCUGCCACUCAGAGCGAGCAGGAAUUAUGAGAUGAAACAAGAUGGCUGCCUCCUCCAGCUGUACAUCAAGGAUCUCAAACCUGAGGACAGUGGCAGCUACUCGUGUCAAGCAGGAAGUGCUGAGACCACUGCAACUGUGACAGUGAAAGAGCUUCCUCCAUUCUUCAAGGAAGACUUGGAAAGUCUGGAGGUUGAUGAGGGAGGUACAGCCACCCUGUGCUGUGAGCUGUCUAAGCCUGGAGUGUCAGUACAAUGGAGUAAGAACAGGCUGCCACUGAGAGCUAACAGGAAGUAUGAGAUGAAGCAAGAUGGCUGCCUCCUCCAGCUGCACAUCAAGGAUCUCAAACCAGAGGACAGCGGCAGCUACUCGUGUCAAGCAGGAAGUGCGGAGACCACUGCAACAGUGACAGUGAAAGAACUCGUACCAUUCUUCAAGGAAGACCUACUAAGUGUGGAGGCUGUGGAGGGAGGUUCAGCCUCUCUGUGCUGUGAGCUUUCUAAGCCUGGACUGUCAGUUCAAUGGAGUAAGAACAAACUGCCACUGAGAGCUAACAGGAAGUAUGAGAUGAAGCAAGAUGGCUGCCUCCUUCAGCUGCACAUCAAGGAUCUCAAACCAGAGGACAGUGGCUGCUACUCGUGUGAAGCAGGAAGAGCAGAGACCACUGCAACUGUGACAGUGAAAGAGCUUGCACCAUUCUUCAAGGAGGACUUAGUAAGUGUGGAGGCCGAGGAGGGAGGUUCAGCCUCUCUGUGCUGCGAGCUGUCUAAAGCUGGAGUGUUCGUGCAAUGGAGUAAGAACAAGCUACCACUGAGAGCUAACAGUAAGUAUGAGAUGAAGCAAGAUGGCUGCCUCCUCCAGCUGCACAUCAAGGAGCUCCAACCUGAGGACAGUGGCAGCUACACAUGUCAAGCAGGACGUGUAGAGACCACUGCUACUGUGACAGUGAAAGAGCUCCCACCAUAUUUCAUGGAAGACUUACAAAGUGUGGAGGCUGAGGAGGGAGCAACAACCUCCCUAUGCUGUCAGCUGUCGAAGCCUGGAGUGUCAGUGCAAUGGAAGAAGAACAGGCUGCCACUCAGAGCUAACAGGAAGUAUGAGAUGAAACAAGAUGGCUGCCUCCUCCAGCUGCACAUCAAGGAUCUCAAACCUGAGGACAGCGGCAGCUAUUCGUGUCAGGCAGGAAGUGCAGAGACCACUGCAACUGUGACAGUGAAAGAGCUCCCACCAUUCUUCAAGGAAGGCUUACAAAGUGUGGAGGCUCAGGAGGGAGGUACAGCCUCUCUGUGCUGUGAGCUGUCUAAACCUGGAGUGUCAGUGCAAUGGAAGAAGAACAAGCUGCCACUGAGAGCUAACAGGAAGUAUGAGAUGAAGCAAGAUGGCUGCCUCCUCCAGCUGCACAUCAAGGAUCUCAAACCUGAGGACAGCGGCAGCUACACAUGUCAAGCAGGACUUGUAGAGACCACGGGAACUGUGGCAGUGAAAGAGAAACCUCCAUUAUUCAAGAAAGACCUACUAAGUGUGGAGGCUGAGGAGGGAGCUACAGCCUCUCUGUGCUGUGAGCUGUCUAAAGCUGGAGUGUCAGUGCAAUGGAAGAAGAACAAGCUACCCCUGAGAGCUAACAGGAAGUAUGAGAUGAAGCAAGAUGGCUGCCUCCUCCAGCUGCACAUCAAGGAUCUCAAACCUGAGGACAGUGGCAGCUACACAUGUCAUGCAGGAAGUGCAGAGACCACUGCAGCUGUGACUGUGAAAGAGCUUCCAGCAUUCUUCAAGGAGUACUUAGAAAGUGUGGAGGUGAAAGAGGGAGAUACCGCUUCUCUGUGCUGUGAGCUGUCUAAGCCUGGAGUGUCAGUGCAAUGGAAGAAGAACGGGAUUCCACUAAAAGCAGGCAACAAGUACGAGAUAAAGCAGGGUGGCUGCCUGCUUCAGCUCUACAUCAAGGAUCUCAAAGUGGAGGACAGCGGCAGCUACACAUGUCAGGCUGGAAGUGCAGAGACCACUGCUACUGUGACAGUGAAAGCACUAGAACCAGCUCCACCAAAGGCAGAGCCUCCCACGAUUCUGCCUCGGGCAAAGGGCCCCGUCUCCAAACCAACUCCUGCGCCAGAAAGCCAGAAGCCUGGACUCCCAGAAGCCAAACCUGUUCCUCCAGAGCCCAAAAAGAGAGCUCACAGGAAAGCAUCAAUUGCAAGUUUAGAAAAAGAUGUGGAGCCAAUGUUUGACCUAAAACAGGGCAUCCAACCUGCGAGAUCUAUGGAGAAAGACCUUGAUGUUGCACAGAACAUAAUACAACUGGAAAGGCAUGUGGAGAAAGACAAUGAGUUGAACAAGAAAGUUGACAAGACAGUGAGACCACUGGAGAAAGAUAAUAGGGUUGACAGGGAGGUGGAAGAGCCAGCAAGACCUUUGGAAACAGAGAAAGAUGUUCUCAUGGAGAGGAGACAACCAGGAAGGAUUACAGAGAAAUUAGUCCAGGUUGACCAUAAUGCAAGUGAAACAGACAAAGUUGUUGGAGACACUGUGUUUGAACAAAAGAAAAGGAAGGAUGAAGUUGAACAGAUAUUAAAACAAGCAGUGAAACCUUCAGAGAGAACAAGUGAAGUUGAGAGGAAUGAAAGCCAUCCAGAAAAAGUCCAGUGGGAGAAGAGUGAGGAUGAAAAACCGUCUGUGAAACCAUUAGAAAAGUUUAUCGGGAGUAAAACAAUAAAGGACCAAGAAGAGAAGUUUAUAGUAAAGGAAGGCAAAGUAGAGGAAGAAGAACCUUUUAAACCACCAGUAAGGUCUAAAGGAAAAGUAACAGGGGCAAAGGAACCACCUCAGUAUGUUCCAAAGAAAACUGAGGAGAUCAUUGUCCAAACAGUAAAGCCUACUGUAAAUGAAUUUGAAGAAGACAACAGACAGAGAGACCAUGUGAAACAGCAGGUGUCCAUGGAGGCAGAGAAUGAGAUAAAGCCACUGAAACUAGUCACCUCUGCAAAUAAACUGGACAAACAACCUUUAGAAAAAGAGGCUGAAUUUGCCCCUCCAAAACCACCUGCGAGGGUGAAAAGUAGAGCAAAGGGAGGAAUGGAAAGGCAGUCAUCAAGGGACACAGAGACAGAUCAAGAUGAUCUACAGGUGACAAGAGUUGUGGUGAAAACAAAGGAGGAUCAGCCAGUUAAACUGUCAAUAACUUCUUUGGUAAAAGAGGUUGAAGAGAAGCCAAGGUCCGAGAGGAAACAAUCAGUAACAACAGACACUGAGACUGCUGAGAAAAUAAGGCAACCCGUGAAAGCUGCAGAGAAGGAUGCAAUCACCAAACAGCCGAUCAAACAACCAGUCAAACCCAUGAGAAAAGAACCUGAAGUGGACCAGGAAAUAAAACUGGCAGUCGAGCCAAUGAGAAGAGAAGAAGAAGCACAAACAGUAAAGAUGGCGGAAGACAUUCCUCUCCUCUACAUUUCUGAAGAUGAAACUUUCUCAGAAGCUUUGACUGAGAUACCACUGAACCGCAAUGAUGUGCAGCCCCCUGGCUUUUUUGUGGAGGGGUCAACCCAACCUGCUACUCUUCCUCCAGUUAAUGUACCCCAGAAGGCACAACCACUAAAUGAAGCUGCACCAGAGAUUGACAUCGACAUUGAAGAUGAACCACAAUUGCAAGAGGCUGCCAUCAAGAUCCAGGCUGCCUUCAAAGGCUACAAAACCCGCAAAGACAUGCGACCUGUCUUCAAAGAGGUGUUUAAGAACCAGAGUGCAGAUCUUCAUGGUACAAUAACACUAGUGUGUGUUGUUGAAGGAAAACCCAGCUCAGUGCGCUGGCUGAAAAACGGCCAACAAAUCACAAAUGACUAUCGAUGCCGUAUCGAGACUACAGAGAACGGCAUGUGCACACUGGUGAUCAAAAACCUGACCACCAGUGACAGUGGAAUCUAUACCUGCGAGGUGGUGAAUAAGUUUGGUGUUACCUCCUACAAUGGAAACAUAACAGUAGUACAGCCUCAGAAGCCUGCUCCAGUGGUCCAGAAGCCUAUACACCCACCUCUUGCUGCCAUUACUCCUCUGCAACUCGCCCCACAAAAGCCUGAGGAAGAAACACAGACCCAGGAUCUGCCUCAGACUCAAACCCAGACACCUCCUUCAGCUGCAGAUGCUGAGAACUAUGUAGAAAAUGUGAGUGUCUCUCUAUGGGAGGCCUACAACCUGACGGAGCAGGACGCUCAGGCGAGGCUGCAAGAGAGGAGAGGGUCUUCACUCAUUGCUGCCAGCUCCAUGUCGAGUCCCUCGGAUUAUGAAACAGCUCCUGACAUUAUGGAACCUGUUGAGACUGGUCCAACUGUACAACUGAGGGUAGAGACAAAAGCAGUGGACCAAGUUCCUCCAGAAGAUGAAGAACAACCUCCACAGCCAACUAAGACACUACUGAAGGUCAAAGCAGCUCAUGAAGGUAAAAUGAGGACACCAUCUCCCAAGCACCACCACGCUCACACACCCUUAACGAGUACCGUCUCUGGAUCAGAGUCAGAGGGAGAGGAGGAUAGACGAGAGACAUUUGAAAUGUAUGUGGCUCGAGCUGAUUGCAGUCCGGACAGCGGAAACAAGGACAGUUUUGUUCUGAAGGAGGGCCAGUUUGUAGAGGUCCUGGACUCGGUUCAUCCUGACAAAUGGCUGGUGAGGACCAAACCCACCAAAACCAACCCUGCUCGACAGGGAUGGGUGUGUCCAGCCUACUUUGAGAAGAAGAGGAAGGAGACCUUCCCUCAACUGAGAGCACCUCAAGAGGAUCUUGAUGGCAUUGGGUCUACAGGAGAAGAAUACAGGAGAGCUCUGAGCCAACUGAUCCAAGGCAUGAUUGAUGGAGAGGAGGAGUUUGUAAAGGAGAUGAAGAUGUUCACCUCUCACCAGCUGAAUUAUUUGGAGUCUAGCCACCCUGUCCCCAUCAACAUCCUCAACCAGAAGGAGAUCAUUUUCAGGAAUAUCAAGGACAUUGUGUCUCUGCAUGAGAGGUUGAUCCUUCCCGGGCUGAAAGAGUGUGCAACAGACGACGAUGUGGCUAUGCAUCUGAUCAAGCACACUGAGGACUUUGAGAAGUAUCUUCACUACUUGGUGGGACAAGCACAAGCAGAGGCCUGCGUCACUGACAAGGCUGUCCAGCAGUAUUUCAAAGAGUUACUAGAGUCUGGUAAAUCUGAUGCUCCUGCCAUGGAUGUCCUUACUUUCCUCCAGCGCCCAGUGGAGAGAAUUCAAACCUACCAGGCUUUACUGAAGGAGUUCAUCAAGAACAAAGCCAAAAGUGGACAGAGCUGCUGUCUUUUGGAGGAUACCUUCUCCAUGGUGUCCUGUCUACCCUGGAGGUCUGACAACCUGCACCAGGUGUCCCUCAUCGAGAAUUAUCCAGCUCCUCUGAUUGCCCUGGGUGAACCAGUGCGACAGGGAGUCUUCACAGUCUGGGAGGAAUCGCCAGAAAUUAAAACGGCCUCUAGAGGGCAUCAGAGACAAGUCUUUCUCUUCAAGGAAUGUAUUGUACUGUGUAAACUGAAAAGAGACACCAAUAUGAACAGUGACACCUUCAGCUUCAAGAACAAAAUGAAGCUGAUGGAUGUGGAAAUAAAGGAGACUCUGGGUGGAGAUGAGAAGUCUUGGGGGUUGUGGCAUGAGCACAGGGGCUCAGUACGGAGGUACACACUGCAGGGACGCUCCACCCUGGUGAAACUGUCCUGGCUCAAGGAUCUGAAGGAGCUACAGCAACGUAUCAGCCUGCCCACCAACAGCCCACCGGUGUUUGCGUCACUGUUGUGUGACUGCACAACAAAGAUUGGACAGACGAUCAAAUUGACCUGUAAGGUCACAGGAUCACCAAAACCAAUGAUCAGCUGGCUCAAAGACGGCCUUCCUUUAGAAGACGAUCCUCGUCACAUCAUCACAGAGGACCGGUCAGGCACCUGCUGUCUCAUCCUAGACAGCCUCACUGCAGAGGACUCUGGACAGUAUGCUUGUUAUGCUACCAGCUGUAUGGGCAGUGCUGGUACUCUGGCGAAGGUUGUGGUGCACGCUUCGCCCAGAUUUGUGAGUCGGCUGGAGAGUGCCUGUCUGAUAGAAGGCGAGGAUAUACAGUUCACCUGCUCCACACUUACUGCUCCUUUACCACGUAUCAGGUGGUUGAAAGAUGGCAGAGAGCUGACUGACCAGCAGAAAUACCUAAUCCAAAAUGAUGCUCGGAGUGGCAUCUUGUGUCUGACGGUCACCAGGGCAACAGAGGCAGAUAUUGGACAGUAUGAGUGUGAGCUUUGGAAUGAGUUUGGCUGCGUCAAGUGCAAGGCCGGGCUGUGCCCUGCUUACGUGCCACCAAUCGAAGACGACCAGCCACAGGACUUACCUCCUAAAGAUGCAGACUCAGAGGGCUGGUCCACUGCCUUUGUGAAGAAAUGGCUACAGACUGAUUUCAGCCCCACCUCUAUUGCUAAGAUGCUCUUCCCCCCUGAACACCCUGAACAAGCUGUAGUGGGUGGUACUGAAGAAGCCGUUCCUGUCUCGACAUCCAUGGAGCAGGUGGCACAGCAGCCUCCGUGCUACCCAGAGGAAGAGGAGGAGAUCUACAUCUCAGAGCAAAUGCAGGAAAUUACAGAUGCUCCUCCAUCCAUCCAGGUACCUGCUGAGGACCUGUGUGUAGAGCCCGGCCAACGAGCUACAUUUACCGCCAUCGUCACAGGACGACCUGCUCCCAACAUACAGUGGUAUAAGGAUGGAGAGGAGCUUGCAGCCAAUGAGAAUGUGGAGAUUGCGCAGCAUGGUGCCCGCUGUUCACUGACAAUAGUGUGCCCAGAGGGUGAGGACAGCGGCAUAUACACCUGUUUAGCCUACAGCGACUCUGGCCAUGACUCAUGCCACGCUGAGCUGACAGUGGAGGAAGGUCCUCUGGAGUGUCAGGAGAGAGAGGUGGAGCUGGGGAAGAGAAGGAAGUUAUUCUCCGUCUAUGAUGUCCAUGAGGAAAUUGGAAGGGGAACCUUCGGGGUGGUGAAGCGUGUAAUCCACAGACGAACAGGUGAAGUGUUUGCUGCCAAGUUUCUGCCUCUGCGGAGCAGCAUUCGGACCAGGGCCUUCCAGGAGAGGGACCUGCUGUCCCGUCUGGCUCACCCCAGAGUAGCUUGUUUGCUGGACUUUUUUUGUACCAGACGCACUCUGGUGCUGAUCACAGAGAUCUGCUGUUGUCAUGGACUUCUGGACCAUUUAUUACUGAAAGGAUCCGUCCCAGAGAGAGAGGUUCAGUCAUACAUCCAGCAGAUCCUUGAAGGAGUCGGUCACAUUCACUGCAUGAACAUUCUGCAUCUGGACAUUAAACCUGAUAAUAUCCUGAUGGUGUAUCCACCCAGAGAUGAGAUCAAGAUCUGUGACUUUGGCUUCUGCCAAGAAAUAGACACAUCUAGACACCAGUACAGCAUGUUCGGUACACCAGAGUUUAUUGCCCCUGAAAUCGUUCACCAAGAACCAGUCACUGUGGCCACUGAUAUUUGGUCUGUAGGUGUUAUAGCCUAUUUAUGUCUCAUGUGCCGAUGCCCUUUUGUGGGAGAGACGGACCGUGCUACACUGCUGAGGGUGGGAGAGGGGACCCUGAACUGGGAUGCCCCUGAUGUGAUGCGCAGGAGCCCUGAGGCCCAGAACUUUCUCCACAUGCUCCUGCAGCCAGAUCCAGAGAAACGACCAUCUGCCUUUGAGUGCUUGAGCCAUGAAUGGCUCCAGGACGAACAUGCAGGAGAAGAUACUGAUGAAAUCAACACAAAGACUUUGAAAAUCUUCAUCUCGAAAAGGAAAUGGCAGCGCUCUUUGACCUGCAUUGGGUCAGUCCUCACAUUGAGGCAUAUCCCUGAGCUGCUGGACGCUCCUCUCAGAGAAACCGCAGUGACGGUGCCCCGCGAGCCUCAGGAACACAGCAGCACCUCUCCGAGCAGUGGCUCCUCGUCUGAGUAUGACGAAGCUGACUCUUGGGACUUUUUCCAGCACUACAGCCCGACUGAGGAGGAGGAGGAGGAAACCGAGGAGGACUAUGAUCCUUUAAUGGAGAGAGCGCAGAUCCCUGACUCUUUCGCCAAACUCCGCCUGGAUGCAGAGGAGGAGGAGGAAGUGACAUUAGGGGAGGAAGAGGAUGGAGAGAUGGUAGGAAGAAGGAGUGUACUAGAGCGGAGUGUGAGCAGGCAGUCAGUUGCGUCAUCGGAUGUGUCGUCCCAACAGACUCCUCAGAGGGAGCGAAGGUUCAGCAAGGACAGUAAUCAAUCUCUCUACCUGUCUGAUGGGGACGAGGGUUCAGGGAGUGAUGGAGGUCGUAUUCCUCGUGGCAGCGUCAUCCGAAGCACUUUCUACAGCACCUCCCAUCAGCUUUCACCCAUGUCUGCCAGACACAUGACAUUACGGGACAAAUUCCAGGCCAAAAAGCAGGAGAGAGGCCGCAAACCACUCCGCAGAAGCUUUUCAGGACGUCUCAAUGAGCCUCUUAUUGAAUAUGUGGAGGAUGAGACGGAGACAAAUCGUGGCCAGAGACGAGUAUCUGUCCAGCCCACGAUGCAGAAGUCCUGCUCCUUUGACAGUGGUGUUAGCCUCGCCCACACCAAUGCCCCCCCUCACAGGAGGAGCAGGUCUCUUGAUGAGUAUUCUAGACGAUCUCCCAGCUCACCCGAGCGCACAAAGUCAGGGGAAGAAGAAGGCUCUCAAAGUCUGAAGGAAGAUUUCACAGACGAUGAAGUGGCUGGAAGAAACCUGUUGGCCAUCCCGAGCCCUCGGCGACCCACAAGAAGAGGAGGUUCCGUCUCUCCAACACUGCCGAGUGGAUCUUCUGCUCCCACAAACGUCCUUGCUGGAGACAGAAUGAGCCCCAGGCUGGAUCAGGAGCAGGCAGCGGGUGACACCUUUGCUGGCUCCCAGGGGUCUCUGGCUGAGUCGUCUAUUUUGGAGCAUGAGGGCUCUGAGUUGUCAAGUCGACCUGGCUCCUACGAGGAGCUGAGUCAUGGCCAUCUCAGAGGGAGAUACAGAUCAGGAGAGAGUGAAGGGUAUGAUGAUCAGGGGGAGCCUCUGAUUUCACCAUCCCCAUGUUCAUUCCAAGAAGUCAAACCCAGAAGCUCAUUUCCCCAAGCACCGCCGCGUAACCGCACCCGCUCCAACCCCAACCUGUCCACCAACAGCAGAGGUCAGCUGGGGACCCCACUAACAGCGAGCCCCAGUCCCAGCCUCUCCUCUCUGCAAGCUCCAGAGAGGCCUCCCAGAGCCAAGGACAAGAAGGGCGGUGGUGGCCUCCAGAGGCACGCAUCAGCUCCAGCCCUCGAAGCUCGGCCACCCACAGGAAGGUCACCCAAGCUGGGACUGCUGAGGAUCUUCCGCAGGCAGUCCUGGACCGGCCACUCGUACUCCCAGCUGGACGAGGCAGAGUUAGGACCCACACUGGGGGAGAUCAUGAAGCCAGAUACUCCCACCAUGUCUCUGAGGAAGAAAAUGAGAGCUUCAGCCUCCAGCCUGACCAAGCUGUUCUCAAAGUCUUUUAGUAAGGAGGACGUGAGUAAAGGAGGGCCAAUAGUAAAGGGAGCACCUCCCAUCCCACCUGAAAGGCAUCGCAGCAGUGGUCUUGAGAGCCCAAAAAAGAGGACGUCCAAACUGUUGCCUUCUCUUAAAAUACCUGCGUUCAGAAAGUCAAAAGAUCUGCUAGUUCGUCCCAACAAGGCUGAAGUUUUCCAGUUAGAUGGAGGUGGAGUCCUACUGGUUUGGAAACCAGUCCAGUCCAGUGACCCUGUCACCUAUUGUGUGCAGUACUGUACAGAUGGUGGGGAGUGGACGGUCCUGUCAGAGGAGGUGACUGACAGCAGCUAUGUGGUGAAGGACUUACCCAGAGGAGCUUCUUAUGUGUUCAGGAUCGGCUGCAUCACUAAGACAGGAGCAGGACCUUUCAGUGAUGCUUCAGCACCUGUUGUUAUGGCUACUCAUCCUGAGGAGACUCACAUUCCUCUGAUCCAGACUGAGUCACUGGGGUCAAAGGUCACUGGGUCAGAACAACAGACAGCUCAUAAGAACUUCAAUUUCCUCUCUGAGAUCAACAGGGGUCGUUUCAGCGUAAUUACCCUGUGCAGGGAUGUUGAGACCAGCCAGGUGUUUGCUGCCAAGAUCACCCCUUACCAGGCAGAGCAGAGACAGUUGGUGCUGAGGGAAUACCAGCUGCUGAAGAGGCUUCAUCACACUCACCUGGUGCAGCUGCACGCUGCCUUUUUCACCUCCCGCUACCUGGUGUUGGUGGAGGAGCUCUGUCCCGGCAAGGAGCUGCUCCAUAGUCUGGCAAUGAGGGAUCUGUACGCAGAGUGUCAUGUUGGCGAGCUGCUGGUUCAGAUUCUGAGCGCAGUCGACUACCUCCACAGCCGUCGAGUCAUCCACCUGGACCUGAAGUCUGACAACAUGCUGGUGGAUGACUGUAACCACCUGAAGAUAGUUGACUUGGGCUCGGCUCUGUCCUACACACCCGGUCAGCCUCUCAUCGUCGAGCACAUCCACGGCCUGUCAGAGAGCAAAGACCGCUGCAGCAAAGUUUAUAUUGUCCUUCCUAAAGCUCCGGAAAUCCUGGAAGGUCAAGGUGUCGGGCCUGAAACUGAUAUCUGGGCUAUUGGAGUUCUGUCCUUUAUCAUGUUGAGUGCUGACAGCCCGUUCCAUGCAGAGCACAGCUGGGAGCAGGACAAAAACAUCAAGAAAGGGAAGAUCCAGUUUGGACGCUGUUACCCUGGUCUGUCAGAGGGAGCCUUGAACUUCAUGAAGAGCAGCCUGAAUAACAAAUCCUGGGGAAGACCCACUGCGGCCGAGUGUCUCCAGAACCCAUGGCUGCGUGCCCAUCGUGCCCCACACAAAGCCCGGCACUCCAAAGUGUGUUUCUCUACAGACAAGCUCAAAGAUUACCUCAAACAGAAGGAGGAGAAACGAGACCAGGUCAGCACUAAGCUUCAGGGUCCCUUCUUCCAGUAAGGCAACACUGUGGCGUUUCUUUCACCGCUAGCUUUUCCUACAAGCUCUACAAUCAGCUCUGGCUCUUUUCUGGCUUUUCUGGUUCCUUUGAUUUUAAAAAUGUGAUGCGUCUUAAUGAGUUUUCAAAGUGUUUCAAAGUGUAUUUAUCCAUUAGCUUGUACAUGUGAGUGUGCUGCAUUUUUAAGGUUUAGUCUCUUUAGUGUGUGAGUUGUAAAAUGUUGAUUUUAUGACAUGCUCCUCAGUAUCAGACAGAUGCAUGUGUUUGGCCUUAAAGUAAAACCAGUGUUUUGUGCUACUCUUCUUCAUACAGACAGCAGAUAUUUUCCUGAGUGAUAUAUUUUAUUUAAAAAUGUACACAUGUUGCCUUAAAGUUAUAAUGUACAAAUGGAAAAUCAGUUAGAUUUAUAUGUGUUAUUGAAUGCUUCAUGAUACUUAAAUGUUGGGAUAGCCACCUAUCCGUAUGAGCUGAUGAAUGAAAGAAUAAUUAAAUGGCACAAACGUGGUCAGUCA